AUGUCUCUGCCAUCGUUGCUGCUGCUGCUGCUGCCACCGUUCCUGACCCUGGAGCCCGCCGGGGCCACGCUGAUCCGGAUCCCACUUCGAAGAGUCAACACUGGUUUCAAGGCCCUGAACCCACUGAGGGGAUGGGAGAAGCUAGCGGAGCCCCCCAGUUUGGGGGCUCCAUCCCCUGGGAACAAGACCUUCUUUGUGCCUCUCUCCAAUUAUAUAAAUGCCCAGUAUUAUGGGGAAAUUGGGCUGGGGACCCCCCCACAAAACUUCUCUGUCGUCUUUGACACUGGCUCCUCCAACCUCUGGGUUCCAUCUGUGAGAUGCCACUUCUUCAGUCUACCCUGCUGGCUCCACCACCGCUUCAACCCCAAAGCCUCCAGCUCCUUCCGGUCCAAUGGGACCAAGUUUGCCAUUCAAUAUGGAACCGGGCGCCUAGCCGGCAUCCUGAGUGAGGACAAGCUGACUAUUGGGGGAAUCACAGGUGCAACAGUGACUUUUGGGGAGGCUCUGUGGGAGCCCAGCCUGGUGUUCAUUUUUGCCCACUUUGAUGGGAUACUGGGCCUCGGUUUUCCUGUUCUGGCCGUGGGAGGAGUUCGGCCCCCGCUGGACAGACUGGUGGACCAGGGCCUACUGCAUAAGCCUGUCUUCUCCUUCUACCUCAACAGGAACCCUGCGGCAGCUGACGGAGGAGAGCUAGUCCUGGGUGGCUCAGACCCAGCACACUACAUCCCACCCCUUACCUUUGUGCCAGUCAUGAUCCCCGCUUUUUGGCAGAUCCACAUGGAGCGUGUUCAGGUGGGCACAGGGCUGACUCUCUGUGCCCAGGGCUGUGCUGCCAUUCUGGACACAGGCACAUCUCUCAUCACAGGACCCACUGAGGAGAUCCGGGCCCUGCAGAAAGCCAUUGGGGCAAUCCCCCUGCUGAUGGGGGAGUACUACAUCGAGUGCUCGAAAAUCCCAACGCUCCCCCCAGUCUCCUUCCUUCUUGGGGGGGUCUGGUUUAACCUCACGGCCCAGGACUACGUCAUCCAGAUUACUCGGAGUGGCUUCAGUGUCUGUUUGUCUGGCUUCGCGGCUCUGGACGUGCCUCCGCCCUCAGGGCCCUUCUGGAUCCUCGGUGAUGUCUUCUUGGGUAGCUACGUGGCUGUCUUCGACCGUGGCGACAGGAAAAGCGGCGCUCGAGUGGGUCUGGCCCGCGCUCGACCUCGAGGACCAAGACAGUGA